AUGGCUAAUCGUGGUCAGAGCACUUCUGUGGCCUCAGCACCCUCCCUCAGUGACUUACAGGACCAGAUUCGGGCCCUUAGCGCUGACAUAAGUCAGACUGAGGCUAUCGCAUUGAAGGUGCAGCGGGCCAUGGAGAUCAUUCGUGCGGCCCUUGGUAUUAACACCGGAGGUGCAUCGCCCUCCUCCGCGCUGCCCUCCUCCGCGCCACCCUCCUCCGUGCUGCCCUCCUCUGCGCCGCCCUCCUCUGCGCCGCCCUCCUCCGCGUCGUUCUCUUCCAAUGUUACUGGGGCGGUCUAA